AUGCGCGCCUCUUUGUUUACUCUCGCUAUCUCCGCGUCUCUUGUCGCCGGCCAAGUUGGCCAAUACGGCCAGUGCGGAGGAAAGAACUACAGCGGCGAGACCAGCUGCAUCGCAGGCACCGUCUGUCACGAGUACAAUGAAUGGUACUCCCAAUGCAUCCCAGGACAAGCCCAGGCUCCAUCCGCAAAGCCUUCAGCAACCAGCGUACCAUCUGCUCCAACUAGCGCUGCUCCUACACCAACGAAGGUCGUUUCUAUCCCUUCAAGCAGUGCUUUGGCACCUGUUCCCUCGACGCUCGUAACCAGGGUUGUUACACCAACUUCUGUAGUUGCGAGUUCGAGCAAACCAACUUCCACCGCCGGAGCUGGUAGUGGCACUGGAUCUGGCGCCAACGGUGCAAAAUGCUCUCUCGAUGCCAAAUUCAAAGCAGCAGGGAAGAAGUACUUUGGAGUCGCUACGGAUCAGGGGCUCCUUUCAAACGCCCAGAACAAGCAAAUCAUCGUGGACAACUUUGGCCAGGUCACGCCCGAGAAUAGCAUGAAAUGGGACGCUACAGAGAAGACUGAGGGCCAGUUCAGCCUGACCGGAUCCGACGCCCUCGUCAGCUUCGCGACCACGAACAGCAAACUUAUCCGCGGCCACACCACAGUCUGGCACUCCCAGCUUCCAUCCUGGGUCUCAAGCAUCACCGACAAGACCAAGCUCAAGGAAGUCAUGGUCAACCACAUCAACAAGCUCAUGGGCCAGUACAAGGGCAAGAUCUACGCAUGGGACGUCGUCAACGAGAUCCUCGCCGAAGACGGCACCUUCCGCUCCUCAGUAUUCUACAACGUGCUCGGCGAAGACUUCGUCCGCAUCGCCUUCGAAGCCGCCCGCGCCGCGGACCCCGCCGCCAAACUCUACAUCAACGACUACAACCUCGACUCGGCCACGUACGGCAAGACUAAGGGCAUGGUGACCAAGGUCAAGGCAUGGAUCGCCGCCGGCGUGCCCAUCGACGGAAUCGGUUCUCAGGCCCAUUUGUCCGAGGGCCAGGCGUCCGGCGUCAAGGCCGCCAUGCAGGCGCUCUGCGGCGCGGCCCCCGAGUGCGCCAUCACCGAGCUUGAUAUCAAGGGUGCGAGUGUGGCAGAUUACCAAGCUGCGACGAAGGCGUGUCUGGAUGUCAAGAACUGUGUUGGUGUCACGGUUUGGGGAGUUAGGGAUACGGAUUCUUGGAGGAAGGAGAAUAACCCGCUGUUGUUUGAUGCUUCGUUCCAGGCUAAGGAUGCUUAUAAUGGUAUCUGCAGCAUUGUUUAA